GUCCUCUUUCUCGGAGAUCUCCCGCGCGACAGCGAGCUUUCUUUCUCCAAGUUCGACUUCAGCCUCAGGAGGCAACCAUGCAGCCUGAGCGCGCUGUGCCACUGCUAGACUACGUAAGCUUAGUGCAACUACCAGCCACUAGGUACUGCAACGUUGAGCAGAUGGAGGCCGUCCGCUGCACAUUUGUUCCGAUUCCGACGUCGUGCAGCACCCCUGGCAUGCUCUGUGGUGUUUCUGACCAGAAGUCUAUUCUUUCAACCCCCAGUAACUGCGCAACGGCCUGCUGCUCAGCCAGGGGCCACUUUUGCUCUCUUUUAGAUGCCACUCGUUAUUCACCACCAUUUCAAUCAAGUAGCAAGCUGCACGCUUUUUCCAUUGCUUCAAGCCACGGCCCUUACCUAGCUCGGUAUUAUGCGACAGUUGCUUCUUCUUUAGAAGCAGCUCCGGAGUCAAAUGCCAAACGCAAUCGGCAUUCGCCGCGGUUGCCCUUGAAGAUUAGCCGGAAGUCAGACAUUGUUACAGCAAGCUGGGGUUGGUUGGGAAGGGGCCGACGGCGGAUCCGGACGCAAGCGACGAAACCGGACGGGCCAGCGGACGAGGAGCGCACUCUGUCCGAGGAGCUCGAUGCAUUUUACGAAAGCCUUGAUCUCGAGUACGAGAGUGUGUGGGAUACAAAACCUGCGUGGUGUCAACCGUGGACGAUCCUUCUGACGGGCACAGUCGGGAUUACGGGGUCGUGGCAGCUGUUGCAUGUCCCGGUGCUGACGGGAGUCGUGACGGGCCUCGUGGGCCUCUGGUGGUUCGUGUUUCUACUCGCGUAUCCCCAGUCGUACAAGGAUAUGAUCGCGCAGCGGCGGGAGUACCAGGAACGGCUAGCUGCCGAGAAUGGGCGGCCGCUAGGGCGGGACCAAACGUGAUUGGAAAAUGCGAAGCAACUCUAGACUCCAUGAAGUCUUAAUUUCUUUUUUUUACCCACCCCCCAAAUUACAAAGCUUAUAAUUUGCUGUAAGUUGAAACACGGGCGUGUAGAGGUUUGCCCCGAAGAGGGCAGCCGUAAAAGGUUGAAGGGAGAGCUGCGAAGCGGCUGUCCCCUACGAUUGUACAUGAUUGAAGUCCGUGCGCUCAAGUGGGAACCGGACGGAACAUUUCCGAGUUCGAGUUGGACGGCAGGGAGUCACGAAAGUAAACGGAUGCUUAUCGUUUAGAAAGCACUCAUUCAUCAUCAGCUCAAUCCUGCGUGCUUGACAGAUCGGGGACUCGAC